GUCGGUGGUCCGGGCCGGGCUGCUCCCCGGCCUCCCCGGGCGGCCGGUCCUUCCACCCCACCGCGGGGAGCCCCCCGGACCGCAGGUGCGACCCCCCCUCCACCUCCCGGCCUCCCCGCUCCUCCUCUCUGCAACUUUCGUCUCCAGAUCCUGCCACCCUAAUACAUAAACAGCAGUCACAACCUGUUAUAAUGUGAGGACUCUGGCAAAGCCUUGUUGGGGAAUGCUGACUUUGUGAACUACCUCCUGGGGCUAAAAAGAAAACCGUGUCAUUGUGCCUGCCUCACCCUACCUGCCUCCUCCCCAUAUUGGCUGGAAAUGAAAACUUGGAACCACCUGAGUCUUGAAAUCCAGAGAAGAGUAUUUCCUGGAAACCCCCAACGAAGACUCUGGGAACUGGAUGAUGUUUGUCCAUCCGCUGCAGACCGCGGACGAGCAGACCCUCGCAUCCUGUCUGAACCGCAGAGACAUCUACAUCACUAGUGCUAAGACAGUUGAACCCCGUACAGAAUUGGAUGCAUGGCUCUCUGUAGACAAUGCCAAGUUUGUGGAAGCCUCUGCAUUAAUCAAAGAGGAAUCCAGGCUUUGGGCUCCUUCACCCCACACUGUGACCACAACAGAGCCCCAGGAUUCCUGGAAAUGCCCCAGCUGUAGUAAUGUCUUUGGCACUUGCUCUCUGCUGGACUCUCACCAGUGCCUCAGUAAAGACAGACUCCCUGACACCUGCUUGUCAUGGCCUAAUAAACUGGGGCCUGGGAAAGCAAAAGGCAGAACGAAAGGGAAACCGAGAGGGACCACCAGCUUGGCCAAAAACCUUAUCCACCAGCCCAGAGGGAUCUCCUGCCCCGCCGCUUUCAAUCUGGGCUCCUGCGGCUCAGCUAGCGGCUGUGGUGCGGUGGCGGCUGCAGCCGCAGCUGCGGCUGCUCGAUUUGAGCCUCAGUGGUACAGCAGCCAGUCAGCUGGCCUGAAGAGGAAGGGGCAAGAGGCAAAGCUUGUGGAGACUUACCCCUGCCACCUCUGUGGGAAGAUAUUCCUCACCCCGGAAAAGCUCAAUGUCCACACUUCUUCCCACACGGGGGAGCGUCCUUACACGUGCCCAGAGCAGAGCUGUGUCAAAGCAUUCGUUUCCAAAUAUAAGCUAAUCAGGCACAUGGCCACUCACUUACCCCAAAAAUCUCACCGAUGUGCUCACUGUGAAAAGACCUUCCACCGCAAAGAUCACCUGAAGAACCACCUCCAGACCCAUGAUCCCAAUAAGAUGGCCUUCGGCUGUGAGGAAUGCGGGAAGAAGUACAACACCAAGCUGGGCUACAAGCGGCAUCUGGCCCUGCAUGGGGCCAACAGCGGAGACCUUACCUGUCAGGUGUGCGCCCUGGAGCUGGGGAGCACGGAGCUGUUGCUGGACCACCUCAGGGCCCACGCCCGGGGCAAGCCCCCCGGGGCCGACAAGGAGAGGAAGCACCAGUGCGACCACUGCGAGCGCCGCUUCUACACCCGCAAGGACGUGCGACGCCACUUGGUGGUCCACACGGGCUGCAAGGACUUCCUGUGCCAGUUCUGCAGCCAGCGCUUCGGGCGCAAGGACCACCUCACCCGGCACACCAAGAAGACGCACCCCCACGAGCUGCUGAAGGAGGAGCAGCUGCCGGAUGGGGACCUGCUGGACCUGUUCCAGCCCCGCUCCCCUGGGCUGCAGCUCAAGGACGAGGCUGCCACCCCGGCGCCCUUCCCCUUGGGCGCCGUGGGGCUGAAUGUCAUGGAGAGCGGCUUGCGGGCAGAGGUGAGUAACCCCCCAAAGGGGGUCUGUGAACAGAGCCUGCAGCCCGCACCGCCACCUCCUCCCUUAAGAACGGGCAGUUUAGGUCCUCUGGCGGCCCUCUAUCCUACAUCAUCUCCCCUGUUACUGCCUCCCUCUCAGACACCUCAAGACCAAAAAUACGAACCGAUCUCUACCUCUGACACUCCGUUCUCCCUGCUCAAGAGCCUGCCUCUCAAGGCCGACACCAAAACCUGUGGGACUAUGAGUUUGCUGGAGGAGCUGCCCUGGCAAGACCCUCACCCCCUGCCCAAGUUCAACCCCGGGCUCGACCAGGUCGCAGGGGUACCCGGCCGGUUACCCUUGCCCACGGAAAUGAUGGCUCUCGCCGAUGCCCUGAGCCUGGCCGCCCCGGCUGCUUCCUUGGAUCUUGCCCACAUCUUGAGCUUCUGGCAGCUGCCCCCUGCUGAUGCCCAGAGUGCCAUUGGGGACACCACCAUGGCUUUAGGGCAGGGAGAUGCUCUACCCGCUAGGCUGACCUACCUUGGGCAACAACAGCCAGAAGCCCCGCUAGCAAUGGGCAGUGGGACCUACAGUCAGUUCAAUCUGCCUCACAUUCUUCACUCCUUCGCCUCCGGCGCCAGUUCUACCACCUUGCCUCAUUUCCACCACGCAUUCAAAUGACUUCUACCUACAGACUGUUUUUUUUCCUGACCUGGAACAUGUGUGUUUCCGACCUUAUAUGCGUGUGUUUCAAGUGCCCCCACUAGCACAGUGAAAGGCCUAGACAACAUGAGCUUGGCUCUUGGCUUUAUAUCGGUGAAAGCAUGGGUCAGUCUGACAGGAGCACUCACCCUGGCUUCCCACCCAAAUUGACCAGGAUGCAUAUGCUCUUCAGGGGAAUUGCAGACCAUUCAAAAAGGCCUCCAAAACGAGGGCUAUUCCAGCUUGUUUGGGGUAGUGGAAUUUAACAGGAAAGUAACUUGGACACCUCUUUGGGUUGCAUUCAUGAGCCCAUUGCGGCCAGUGGUUAUUGAACUUUAGAGUUAUUUUGGUCUCCUCAAAACGGGAUCAGGAUUUCCUUGUGCUGCUUUUUAAACCUCAUUUCAAAAAAAAGCCUUUUGGAGGAUUACGUUUAACUAAGUUGUGCGCUUUCAGGAUAACUCCGUGAGGGGGGUCUUUCUACCCUACUCUUCAGGGUUGAAAAUAGUUCAGUCACUUUUGUCACAGCAAAACUUGAAAUUUUACAAGAACAGCUUCUUGUGGAAAAGGUUUCUCACUACUGUAGUAAAAACCACUUGGAUUUUAAUUGUUUAACAAUAUAUGUUAGUUAAGGUGAUGUGGUUUAUUUCUCCAAUUCUUUUAAAGCCUGGAUUAUUCUUUAAGGGCACAUGUUGAACAGGGAAAGGUGCGUUGAGUUUCUGAUUAGAAUUUUAGAAACUGGAGGAAAAAGGCAGGCUACAGAAAGCAAUUUUGUUUCCAGUAUUGAUGAAGAUUUUAAUAGAAAUUCAAGACUACUAUUAUCUGGUUUAAACAAAAAAACUCUUGGAUUAGCUACCUUUGAUCAAUUUGAUCUUAAAAUGCUACUCUUCUAAAUCCUGCUCUUUUACAAAAUUAUUUGUGGACAAUAAAUUUUAAAUCUGCACCGGUCUUUUCUCACUCGAUCUGGAUGUCUAACUAGGUUAGAAAAAAAAUGCAUUCCUUUACUUCUUACCCCAGCAAACAGGCUUUGGAUAUAAGUAUUCCCCCUGCCACCCUUUGCUGCAAAAUAUAUUUUCCAAUUUAAAUUAUUCUACCAAAAAGGAGUCACUUGGCCAUUCAGUUCCUUUUCUACUUUUAUCAGUUCUUCUUGAAAUACCUCAUAUCAGAGAGGGUCCAGGCAGCUCCUGCAUGGCCAAGGGCAUUUCUUGGAAGACACUUUUUUGUUGAGAAAAAUCUAUUUGGGGCUCCUUCCCAACCCAAGAAAGACCUAAUAUUAAAUCCAUUCUUCUGUCUUGGACUGCACUCUGUCACUACUGCCAUUUUGUGGAGUUUUUUGCAAUGAGUGGAUCCAGAGAUCCAGGUCCAGCUCAUGAAGGUUCUUCACUGCUCCCAAUCCUGUCCUCUUUCCCCACCCCUCUACCACUGUAGGUGGCCUCAGGGCCAUUUUUGGAGAGUCCAAGCAGAGAUCCGACAGCAAGGGGAAGAAGAGCAUAGAGCAGCCUCAGGCACUAAGCUGCCAAAUUUCCCUGCUACCCCACCCUACUGCAACAAGCACAACUGAGGACUUUUCAGUCCUUUUGACAUAAAAUAUAUGUAGGAAAACACCCCUAUUAUUAGCCCACUAAUGAGUCUGACAAAUGGAAUUAGUGAAAUGUGUUCAGCCUGUCUUUAGGUUUGCCUUGUGAACAUAGCCAUAGUCUCUGAAGGAGGCCUUUUAGUUGUACCGUGUUCCAAGUGUUCAUUAUAUUUUAUAAAAGUCUGUCUUGAAAAAUAUUGGUCCCUACCACAUGGCUAAGGCUAGUUACCUCUUGGCUUGACCUUUGCCAACUUCUUUUCCCAAGAGGCAGUGCCCCUCCCAAGUCUGUCAACUUUUACUCAUAUUCUCUUCACUUCAUUUUG